GUUUUCAUCCUCCAGAAGCAAGUAAUUUUUCAUUUAACGCUUACUCACAUUAUCACUCAUUUUAUAAUUAUAACAUAAGUUUAAUUGUUCAAAACAAUUUUUGAAAUCUUAAUCAACUAAUUUAAUCAUGUCUUUUGAGAAACGUUUAGCAGCAAGUAUUGUCCAAUAUCUUGGUGACCAAUUAAGAAGUGAUGAUUUGACUGGUGAAGAUAAAGAAGGCUUAGAGGUUGCCAUUCAGUGUUUGGAAACAGUUUAUCGUAUUAGCUCAAGUGAUGUUCAUCUUUUACCAUCUCGGUCUUUGGUUGAUAUUUUCAAAGAUGCCAUCAAAAACGAACCAAUAGGCAAGGAUACCGAUGAGCCUGUAUCAGAAGAAGAUCGCAGAGAAGCAGAAUACCUUAAAACAAGGGGAAAUGAUCUAAUGAAGGUAGAACAAUAUAAGGAUGCAUUGGACUCUUACACUAAAGCCAUUAAAUUGGAUCCUAAGAAUGCUGUUUUCUACUGUAACCGUGCUGCUGCUUACAGUAAAUUGAAUCAACAUACAUUUGCUAUUGAAGACUGUCGACGAGCCAUUGAAAUAGAUCCCAACUACAGUAAAGCCUAUGGACGGAUGGGCUUAGCUUAUGCUAAUUUGAAUAACCACCAUCUUGCUCGAGAGAAUUACAAAAAAGCUUUGGAACUCGAUCCUAACAAUGAUAGCUAUGCUAGUAACCUCAAAGUGGCUGAGGAUAACAUUGCCGAGCUCGAGAGGACAAAUCCAUUUUCAACCAUUCUACAAAACCCAGCAAUCGCUCAAGUCGCCGAAGGUAUUCUUCAAGAUCCUAAUAUGCAAAACAUGGUACGCGAUAUGAUGAGCAAUGUUUUUGGUUCGCUUGCUGGUGGUGGGCGCCCUGGAGCUCCUCCCGGUGCUCCUUCCGGAGCUCCAAGCGGAGUACCCUCUGGGGCUCCAUCCGGUAUCCCUAAUCUUCAAAGUAAUUUUCCACCAGCUGGUGAUGCCGGCUCAGGGGCUCCUCCAACUGGUCCUGGAGGCUUACCAACUGAUCCUUUGUCAGGAUUUAAUUUAGACACAAUGAUGAACAUCGGUCAACAACUAGCUCGACAAUUUGAAAACAUGAAUCCUGAAUUAUAUGAUCAGAUUCGACGAAAUGUAGGUGGUAAUGGCGCUAAUCCACCAAAUGAUAAUAAUAAUUCCAACAACAAUCCUUAAAUGCAACUCUACGAAGACUCGUAAUAAACUUUCCUUGGUAUUGAUUUUUGAAUCACUAGACCUUUGAUGAAAUUUCUUUGAAUGGCAUUACCACAAAUUUAUCGAAAUAUAAAAUCUCUAGCUGGUUAAAGACGAGUUAAACAUUUGUUAAAUCGAUAGUUAAAAUCUCUAACACACACAUCGCGACGAUUAAAUUUGCAAUUGAUUUUAAUUAAAA